AUGGGAUCCACCGUCAAGUGGCCUGGCAAGCUUAAUCACGAGGCAAGGAGAGACACAACCAAGUGGUGCGAGUUCCACAACGACCAUGGCCACAACACUACAGACUGUAUUGCCUUGCGGCUCGAGGUUGCUGCACUUCUGAAGAGGGGACAUCUCCGUGAUCUGCUUACUGACAAGGGGAAGAACACCAUCAGCCAGAAAAGCUCCAAAGAAUCAUCACCCCCUCUGCGAGAACCCACACCGAAAGGUUUUUGUUCCCUCAUCUCCAGAGGGUCAGAGAUCAGUGGGGUAAGCUACCCAUCGGCCAAGCGGUAUGCUAGAGCCAACCACCACCAUGAAAUCCAGUCCAUCCAUCCGGUCUCGCGGUCACACUCCCAUCAGGUAAUUCAGUUUGAAGAUGACGAGCCGGUCACCUUGGCCACUCCUCAUCACGAUGCUCUAGUCGUCUCCCUAUAG